AUGGCAGACGAUUUGGAUGCUGAGUUGCUCGCUUUGGCGGGUGACUCUGAGGAGGAAACUUCACCAGCACCAAACUCACUGCCACACUCUCCUUCUUCCCAUACCCAAGAUCGGGAUCACUCGCCAGAAGCUAUGGGUCGCAAAGGAACCGCUAAACCGAUUCCCGCUCGCCGGGCCCGCAAGCCGAAGGAGGAGUCUGAGGGUGAAAUCUCCGACGAUGGCUCCCACCACUCGCUCCAGUCUGCUCCUAUGUCUGAGUCUGAAUCAGACUCCGAGAACUCCGAGAACGAUGAGGACCGCCCCAUUUUCCCAUACGAUAAGCUGUACUACUCAGCCCAGGACAAGAAGGAGAUCAUGGCCAUGCCUGAGAUCCAGCGUGAGGAAACCUUGUCUGAGCGUGCCCAGCAAGUCGACCGCCAUAACCAGGAUUUGGCUCUCCGUCGUCUGCUAGCCUCUCGUUCUCGCGAAGAAGCCCGAGCAGCCAAGAAGGCGAAGAGAAAGGCUGGAUCUGCCGGCUUGGAUGAAAAUCAGCGCAAGAGUUCCCGCCAGAAGACAACACUUGGUGGUCGCAAGGUCGGAGAGACCUCCGCGGCUAUCGAUGCUUACAAGCGUCAGCGUGAGCAGAAGGGCAAGCGAGAUGAGCUCCGCCGCCGAGACCCCGCACAGUCGCGCCGCCGUUCCCGCUCCUUGGGAUCAAAUGUGUCUGAUGAAGAUGCCGAAGCCGAGAGCGAUCUGGAACUGGAUGACCGUGUUGGCCGUUCUCCAUCCAUUCCUAAGGACGACCCACCAGCCGAGCUGCGGGACAUCCAGCGUGCUCGUGUUGGUCGUAGCAACUUUGCCCAAGUUUGCUUCUACCCCGGCUUUGAGGAUGCUAUGAUCAACUGCUACGCUCGUGUCAACGUUGGACCCCACCACGAAACCGGUCAACUGGAGUACCGCAUGUGCCUUAUCACUGGCAUUGUCACAGGCAAGCCGUAUGCUAUGGAUGCUGCCAAUGGUCGCCCAUUUGUCACAGAUCAAUAUGUCAAGCUUGCCCAUGGAAAAGCUAUCAAAGAGUUCCCAUUUAUUGCUUGUUCGGACUCCCCUUUUACUGAGGCUGAAUACAGUCGCUACCGCAAGACGCUGGCCGUUGAAGAUUUGAAGAUGGCAACGCAGGGAAAGCUUGCCUCUAAGGUCACUGAUAUCAACAAUCUUAUUAACCAUCAAUUCACCCGCGAGGAGCUGAACGAAAAGCUGCGUCGCCAAGGUGCUUUCGACCAGAAGAAGAACGUUCUCAAGCGAUUCGAUGUUGAAAGAGAUCUUGCCUUCGCCAAAGCCAACGGAAACGAUGAAGAAGCAGAAAGGCUCAGGAAGGAGCUACAUGAAAUUCUUAACCCUAACCUCUCUUGGGGAACAAGCCUGGUCAAGAAAGAAUCCGACAACAAGGGUCUCUCUGAGGCCGAGCGUGUUCAUCAAAUCAACAUCCGUAACCAGAAGCUCAACUACGAGAAUGUCCGCCGUGCUCAGAUCGAUGAACGAAAGGCCGCCCGCAAGGCCGCUGCCGCAGUUGCCCGCGGCGAGGCCAUUCCAAACCCAUUCAUGCGUGUGCGAACAGUAGCUAAGACUCAUCAUGAUGUCAAUGGAACACCUCAAACCGACGGCUCCGCUGGUACUCCUGCGGAGACUCCUAAGGAUACCCCCAAGCCCAAUGGCAGCCAGGCAACUACCGUCAAGACAACCCCGAAGAAGCCUAAGAACGGUUUCAUGAUCAGCUACCGUAACACUGAUGACGAGAACAUUGCCGCGCUUGAUAUGGACAUUGACAUUGAAAUCUAA